CUCAAUGAUAAGACUGAUGCCCUUAUCAAGUUGGCUGAUGGUAUAUUGGCUGAGAAGAAGCCUCCAUCAUCACCACCAUCAUCUAAGAAGGCUCAAGACGAGUCGGCCGAGUCUAAUAGUAAAGAAGAGGAGAGAGGCUCUCCUGAACCCAUUGUAGAGGAACCUGAUGAUAGCUCUGAUGAUCAGGAUGGAGAAGAGGAGGAGGAGGAAGUUGCUAAGAAUGAUGAUCAUCAUCAUAUGGAUGUUGAUUAA